CAGCAGCAAACAGAGCCUACUACAUUCUUCUGGAUCGUAGACUGACUCUACCUGAACAAAGUCCUGCCGCCAAUCAUGGCCUCCAGUAUUUCAAUGAAAAGCUACUCUAUUGGCCGUCAGCCCUCCUUUUCCAGCCGUUCGCUGAUGGACACUGGCCGUGCUCGCUCUCGGGCUUCUGUGUCUUUCGCUGUAGCGAGCCCGCUCACCCGUUCAGCUUCCAUCAGCCAGGAUCUCAACGGGCCAGCAAGCCUUCAAAUUAACGGACUGCAUGGCAACAGCACCAAUGAGAAGGAAGCUAUGCAGAGUCUCAACAACCGUCUGGCCAACUACCUGGACAAGGUGCGUUCACUGGAGCGCUCCAACGCUGAUCUGGAAAUGAAAAUUAAGCAGCUGAUGCUCGAACGCAUUCCCAAAGGUCAUGACCUCGAUUCCAUGAUGGCCCAAGCUCAUGCUGUUGAGCAAGAGGUGAGGAAGAAGACCUUGGAAAAUGCUCGUCUCAUGCUAGAGAUCGAUAAUGCUAAACUGGCUGCCGAUGACUUCAGAAUCAAAUGGGAGACUGAAAUGGUGAUGUGUCAGUCUGUGGAGCGAGACUGUAUUGCCCUGAAAAAGGCCAAGACCGAUCACGAGCAGAUCAUCGCCUCUUUGAGGGGAGAUUUGGACAGCCUGAAAGAGGAACUUUACUUCCUCAAGAAAAACCAUGAAGAGGAACUCGAGCAGAUGAAGUCUCGUAUUGCCAGAGAUGAGGUGAACGUGGAGGUGGACUCUGCCACCGGGCCCGAGCUGGGCACCAUUCUGUCCGAGCUGCGUUCCCAAUAUGAGGGCAUUGUGAAGAGGAACAAGGAACAGGCGGAGCAGUGGUAUCGCAAGAAGCUGGAGACGAUGCAGAAUGAGGUGAAGGAGAGCAACGAGGCUCUGAGGGGAGCUCAGGGAGAGCUGACCGAGAGGCAGCGCUUCCUGCAGACCCUGGAGGUGGAGCUGGAGAGUCUGCACAAACAGAUAGCAGCUCUGGAGGGAAACCUCGGUGAGACAGGCCAAAAGUAUUCUGCUGAGAUGGAGCGGCUGCAGGUCACCCUGAACCAGCUGGAGGAGGACCUCUCUCAGCUCAGGCUGGACAUGCAGCGCACCAAGACCGACUACGAGCAGCUUCUUCGCAUCAAGCAAAACCUGGAGAUGGAGAUCGCCACCUACAGACGCCUGCUGGAGGGAGAGGACUCAGUCAAAGAAGUCCCUCCUCCACCAAAAAAGGAGCCCGAAGUCCGCACCAGAAAGAUCGUGAAGGUGGUGACUCAGACCAUGGUCAACGGCAAGGUGGUGGACGAGUCCAGCGAAGUGGAGCAGAUUGAGGAGUCGAAGAAAUAGAACAAGCAAAGAACCAGCUGAAAUUUUAAAAUAAACAAAAUAAGUAGAAGUUAGAACUUUUUUCAAAAAAAAGGAGAAAAGGAAAAACAAGAAAAAUUAAGAGUCCGCCCUAUUACUCAUGAAUUGUGAAAAUGAAGCUGAGAGCAUUGUUGGAGGUACAGUAAUGACUGACUAUGAAUGUCCUGUGUUUCCUAUCAUCUCACAUGAAACGCGAUUCAGACGUCACUACAAACAAGCUAUGCUUUGCAUAAGUUCAUUGACUUUUAGAUAGAAAUGUGUGAAAACUGACUGAUCACUGCUAAACUCUGUUUUACUAAUAAAGGGUUUUGUAG